AUGAGUAAGGAAGAAGAAAUGUGCAAAGAUAACCUGGACGAGGGGAUUCCCUAUAAUCAAGGCUUCACCAUCAAGUUUUUGGAUGGGGAUGACACAUUUGUACAUAAUUAUAAGGUGUCGGCAGAUGUUGCUGCGCUGCUUAAGGAAGAGGAGAAUAAAGUUCUCAACCAUUUUUACACUUGUAGGUGUAACAAUGUUAUUAAAAUGUACAGAGGUACAUGGUCGUCUAUUGACCGGUUUGAGCUUCUCCAUAUUAUACGCGUUGGUCGACUGGAUGAUUCACUUGUUGAGGAAAUGCUGGAUUUAGUACGUGAAAGUCAGAAAGCCUCAUCCAGUAAAAAAUAUGGGGUGGUCUUUGUAUUCUUUUUUGACAAGAUACAUGUGGAGAGACCUGAAUACAAAGAAGCAUAUGCAAUCUACAGCAAAAGUUUGGUCUAUGAAGGGUGUACCAACCUCUUAGUUCCCAUUGUCCAAGGGGAUCAUUGGCAUCUCUUAGAGUUUGAUGUCGAUAAUAAUAUUGUCAGAAUGUCAUCUCUUAACAUGAAUCCAGCAAGUGAUUCUCACGCUCCAUCAUUAUCAUCUUCUGCUCCUGCAAAUACUUCUUCUCCAUCAUUAUCAUCUUCUGCUCCUGCAAAUGCUUCUUCUCCUUCUCCAGCUACUCCCUCCAGUGAUAAUACAGAUAAUGCAAGUAGAGAAAAUGUGGAGACUACAAAUCCUAUUCAUGAGAAGAGAAGAAGGAAAAAGACUUCUAAGGUAUGGGAUAAUUUUGUUGAAGUUACUCGUGCUAAUAAUGUUAAAAGAUGGAGAUGCAAUCAUUGCAAGCACGACUUUGCACAAAAUUCAACUGGAACAACAUCUCACUUGAAAACUCAUUUAAAUAAUUGCAUUACAAAAAAGUUGCAUGAUCAAAGGCAACAAACACUUAACUUUCAACGAGAUGGUUCUACUAUAGAGCGCCUAAUCAUGUUACCACCUGGAGUAAAAUAUAACCAUCUGAAAGUUAGGGAAGCAUUAGCUCAUUGGGUCAUGAUGCAUGAACAUCCAUUUACUGUAGCAGAGGAGGAGGGUUUUCUAUUUCUAAUGAAAACUGUGAAUCUUGAAUUUAUUAAAAUUGGGCGUAAAACUUUGAAGGAAGAUUGCAAAACAAUUUUUGAAAGUGAAAAGAAUAAGAUGAAGGGACUCCUUAAAAACAUGGACAAGGUUAGUUUAACCACCGAUCUUUGGAAGUCAGAAAAUCAAAAAAUUGAAUACAUGGUAAUUACUGGGCAUUUUGUUGAUAAGGAUUGGAACCUACAAAAAUCAGUUCUUAGUUUUGUGCAUGUGCCUCCUCCUCGACGUGGUAUUGACAUUGCAGAUGCUAUGCAUAAGUGCUUCAAAGAUUGGGGAAUAGAAAAUAAAGUUUUUACUAUAUCUGUGGACAAUGCAUCCUAUAAUGAUGUUUGUUUAAGAACUUUGAAGACUAGCCUAUCUCGACAUAAGAAAUUGGUUUGUGAUGGAAAAUUAUUUCAAGUGAGAUGUUGUGCACAUAUUCUCAAUCUUCUUGUCCAAGAUGGGAUAAGUGUAAUUGCAUUAACUAUUGAGAAUGUGCGGGAAAGCAUCAAGUUCAUCAAUCACAGUGAAGCGAGGCUCAGAACAUUUUCUGCUAUUGUGCAACAGCUGCAGUUAAGAGAAAAGAAGUUGAUUCUUGAUGUGCCAACUCGUUGGAAUUCGACAUACUUGAUGUUGAUCACUGCCCUGAAGUUCAAAGAUGCAUUUCCAAUGUACAAAGAAAGGGAGUCCAAUUAUGAUUGCAUGCCAGAACCUGAGGAAUGGGAUAAAGUGGAGAAAAUUUGUAAGUUAUUAGCCGUCUUUCAUGCGGUAACGAAUCUAAUCUCUGGUAGUGACUAUCCUACUUCUAAUUUAUAUCUCAUUGAAGUCUAUAGGAUUAAAGAAGUUAUCGAUAAGUCACUACUAGAUAAUGAUUUCUCUAUUCGGCAAAUGGCUAAAAAAAUGCAAGAUAAAUUUGAAAAAUAUUGGGGAGAAUGCAAUUUGUUAAUGACAAUAGCUUUUGUUAUGGAUCCUAGACUAAAAAUUGGUGCGGUUGAAAUUUGUUAUCCUCAAAUUUACUCUGAAGUAGAAGCUAUGAUAAAUAUACAGAAAGUUAGGGAUGCCUUGCAAGAGCUAUUCGAUGAGUAUGUUGCUUUACAUGAUUCAAAUAAUGAGGAAAAUAGCUCUCUGGAAGGUUCUAUGGGUGCUUCAAGUGAUACAAGCUCGUCAUUGUCAUCUUUAAGUUCCAACUGGAGUGAUAUCUUGAAAAAGGUGAGAACGAAAGAUAGUAUGCCUGCAUCCAAAUCAGAGUUAGAAACAUACUUGGAUGAACAUGUAUAUAUAUGUGGUGAAGCAGAAAAUUACCAUUUUAGUGCUUUGAAUUGGUGGAAAACGAAUCAAUUGAAGUAUCGUGUCUUGUCGAGAAUGGCGGCUGAUAUUCUUGUUAUUCCUAUUUCUACGGUGGCAUCAGAGUCUACGUUUAGUGCUGGCGGGAGGGUAAUUGAUACGUAUCGAGCAUCUUUAGAUCCAAAAAUAGUUGAAGCAUUGAUUUGUGGAGGGGAUUGGAUGCGAAAAGUCCAUGGUAUAAAGAAAAAGAAGGUUGAAGAUGAGGUAUGA